AGGAGGAUUUCGUGGCGUAUGCCGGAACGGUGAACAAACGCUGUGAGGACUUCGAGUUAAGCAGAAUCACCUCGGAUCAAUUCAAGACGCUGAUUUUUAUCCGAGGCCUCCAAUCGUCGAAGGAUUCCGAUAUCCGCACCAGACUACUUUCCAAGCUGGAAUCGGAUGAAGGAGACUGCAAGUUGGAAACGCUUAUCAUCGAAUGUCAACGACUCCAGAACCUCAAGCACGAUACCGCUUUGGUCGAGCAGAAGCAACCUUCAUCUGCUGCUUCAGUAUGUGCACUCAAACAAGAAAAGCAAGCAACAAUCAACUUUACCCAAGACACCGUGUUGGCAAUGUGGAGGUAUGCAUUUCGUCCGAGAAUGCCCCUUCACUAAGCACCUCUGCAAAUCCUGUGGGAAGACUGGACACAAAGAGGGAUACUGUAACUGUCUCUCAGCGAAGCAGCACAGCAAGAAAAAAUCGAUCGACGGGAAGUUCGCUGUCAACCAUAUCAGCAGCGGACUACGACGCAAAUUCAUCGACGUCUCCGUCAAUGGCGUGUAUAUCGAGCUGCAAUUCGACACCGCUUCCGAUAUAACCGUCAUUUCAAAGCCAACAUGGAAGAAGCUGGGAUCACCACCUCUACAACCAACUCUCAAACAGCAAAAUCAGCAUCUGGCAAACCUCUGCAGUUUGUCGGCGAAAUACAAUGCGACGUCACCAUGGGAAACGAAACCAAGUUUGGAACGUGUUAUGUCACCAAUCAACCAUCCCUCAAUCUUUUCGGCCUGGAUUGGAUUGAGCUGUUUGGACUGUGGUCUCUUCCACUGUCAUCGAUCUGCCACAAAGUUCAAGCAGACCACUCCGAACCGAUCCAGCAGUGUAAGAAAGCGUUUCCCAAGGUGUUUGCCAACUCACUCGGACAUUGCACGAAAACUCGAGUCAAGCUGUUUUUGAAGCCCGACGCACGACCGGUUUUCAAGCCCAAACGCCCGGUUCCAUUCAUGUCCAUACCAAAGGUCGAAGAAGAAUUGGAUCGUCUUGAGAAUCUCGGAAUCAUUUCCCCAGUAGAUUUCUCACAGUGGGCCGCCCCAAUAGUCGUUGUCAAGAAGGCGGGUGGGAAAGUGAGAAUCUGCGCCGACUACUCAACCGGUCUGAACGCUGCUCUAGAGCCGCACAAUUACCCUCUUCCGGUGCCGGACGACAUCUUUACCAAGCUGAAUGGAUCCAAGGUUUUUAGCAUCAUUGAUUUGUCCGAUGCUUAUCUCCAAGUUGAAGUGGACGACGAAUCGAAGAAGCUGCUCACAAUCAACACCCAUCGAGGACUGUACCGUUUCAACAGACUAGCUCCUGGUGUCAAAUCCGCUCCCGGGGCGUUCCAGCAGUUGAUGAACGGAAUGAUAGCGAAUCUCGAAGGCGUUGAAACGUUCCUGGACGACAUCAUCGUUUUCAGCAAGACCGAAUCCGACCAUCACAAACGACUCCGAGCACUCUUCAACCGGCUCUGCGAGUAUGGGUUCCGUCUUCGUGAAGACAAAUGCAAUAUUCUCCAGCGGCGAAUUAAGUAUCUGGGCCAUAUUGUUGACGAAAAAGGUAUACGCCCAGAUCCUUCGGAGAUUGAAGCCAUCGCCCGAAUGCCAGCACCAACAGACGUCUCAUCGCUCCGCUCCUUUCUUGGUGCGGUAAAUUUCUACGGGAAGUUUGUACGCGCUAUCCACCAACUUAGGCGCCCUCUUGAUGCACUAUUGAAGAAGGACGUCAAGUUUAUCUGGUCUCAAGAAUGCCAACAAGCUUUCGAGAAAUUCAAGACGACGCUCCAAUCAGAUCUACUGCUGACCCACUACGAUCCGAGCUUGGACAUCAUCGUUGCUGCUGACGCGUCGAAAUCCGGAAUUGGUGCCGUCAUCAUGCAUCGAUUUCCGGAUGGUUCUCUCAAGGCAAUCGCUCAUGCUUCCCGAACGCUUACGUCAGCUGAGGUCGGGUACAGCCAGAUCGAAAAGGAAGGACUCAGCCUUGUUUUUGCGGUUACCAAAUUUCAUCGCAUGCUGCUCGGUCGACGGUUCACUCUGCAGACGGAUCACCAGCCCUUGCUCCGAAUUUUUGGUUCCAAAAAGGGCAUUCCACUACAUACAGCGAAUCGUCUCCAACGUUGGGCGCUUACUCUCCUGUGCUACGAUUUUGACAUCCAGUACGUAUCCACCAAUCAAUUCGGAUAUGCAGACAUUCUAUCCCGUCUGAUCAGUAGCCACACCAAGCCGGAUGAAGACUUCAUAAUCGCAUCCCUCCAACUCGAAGAAGACGUUGAGGUUCCUUUGGAUGAAGCCAUCGAAUCUUUACCUGUUUCCUUCAAAUUGGUCCAACGUGUGACAAGCAAAUGUCCUGUCCUCCAGCAAGUUACCGAGUUCACCCAAAAAGGAUGGCCUUCCGAUCUCAGCAGUAUCCAGCAUGAAACGGUCAAACAGUUUCAUUCCAAUCGUGAAUCGCUAGCAGUUGUGAAAGGCUGCCUGAUGAUGGCCGAUAGACUGGUGAUUCCGAACAGUUUGCGUCAACGAAUACUCAAGCAACUUCACCGAGGGCACCCUGGCAUCGAUAGGAUGAAAGCUGUGGCCCGAAGCUACGUGUUCUGGCCCAAAAUCGAUGAAUGCAUCACGGAGUACAUCAAACGUUGCAGUAGCUGUGCCAUACAUUCCAAAUCCCCACCGAAGGUAUCCCCUCAGCCAUGGCCAGCAACCAAACAUGCCUGGGAACGAAUUCAUCUCGAUUUCGCUGGUCCAUUCUUCAACCAACAUUUCCUGAUUGUCAUCGAUGCCCACUCAAAAUGGCCCGAAAUCAGAGCGGUCCGUUCUCCCACAACGUUGGCGGUCAUCGAGUUCCUGAACGAGUUGUUCUCAAGAUUUGGCGUUCCAGAAACAAUCGUAACUGACAACGGAACGCAAUUCACAUCCGAACAGUUCGCUGCUCUCUGCAAAUCCAAUGGUAUCCAUCACCUGCGAACUGCACCAUACCAUCCUCAAUCAAACGGGCAAGCAGAAAGGUUUGUCGACACGAUGAAGCGCUCCAUGCUCAAAAUCGAGGAAGGCAAGGGUGGAAACAUUGCAGAAAUUCUUCAAACUUUUCUGCAAACCUACCGCUCCACUCCCAGUCGGAUUCUUAAAGGGAAAUCUCCGGCUGAACUGAUGAUCGGAAGGAAAAUGCGUACAACACUGGAUUUACUACUCAAGCCGCAGUCACACCCCAGUGAAGGCACGUUUCCCUCCCGACGUUUCAAGGUUGAUGACGAGGUUUAUGCCAAAAUUCACGAAGCCAACAGCUGGAAAUGGGUUCCUGGACAUGUGAUCGAGGCAAUCGGCAGCGUUACCUACAACGUGCUCCUGGAUUCCUGGCAUGGCCGACGAAAGCUGAUUCGCUCCCAUGUCAAUCAAUUGAAACCUCGACUCAACGGUAAUCAAGACACCAACAAUCCAAGCUCUCCACUAAAUAUUUUGGUGGACAUGUUUGGUCUAUCAUCUCAAACCGUGGCUCCAACAUCGAAUUGCACUACCGAAGCUCAAGAUCCAGCGAUUCCACUACCGGUUGAACAUCCAACAGUCCAACAAUCCGAGGGUACAUCAGAUUCUUCAUCUGUUGUUUUCGAGGACACCUUUGAGCCACAAAGCCCUGCUCGCAGUGAAGAGUUCGUAGAUGCAGAAGAAACACAUCAAGCAGACGACCAAUCUUCAAGCGUUCCUGAACGGGUCAGGCCCCAACGAACCGUCUGGAUGCCCUCCCGUCUCGAGCCUUACCUGGUGUUCUGGAGAUAGAAGGGAGAAAUGUUAGCAGCCUGAUCGCAGUAACAUGGAAAUUUAUGUCAUGUGAAAAUUAGGAAAUAAAAUCAUUCUUUGUUCGAUAGUCAAACAGUACAGACUUAUUUGAACAGUUAUCACAUCUAAGGAAGGAGGUGUUGUAAUAGUCGAUCAAUCAGGCAUUCGAUCAGUUUAGACUAAUCCAUUUUGAGAGUUAAACGGUAAUAACCGAUUACGAGAGAGACUCGGUUUAUUGUAAGAUAUGAAAGUGAUAAAGAGUAAUCGUUCACUUUUGGUGUAACUACAAGCCUAACUAGACGUGUUAUCAUUUACUGAUAACUUAAAGGAAAAUCCUAUAGUUUCCCAUAUUUUAAAAAUUUAUAAUUUUGGCGAUCACAAUAAUCACUACCCGUUUUCCGCUGAAAGAGCCUAACUACAAGUAGGUAAUGUUUCUUCUCCCACGGCAGAAGAGCACCCUCCUCGAGUGUUUUAUUAUGUACGAACCGUUCGAACGAAUCUCCAGCAGCAUCCGUCACUCGUCGGAAAAAAAACACCGCAGGCAUGUAAACCUGUAGUGUUUCGGAAAACUUCUCUAAUUUGGCCAGAAAUACUAUGAAUGGCCAUAAAACCACUGAGAACUAAGCGCAUCGAGGUCGACAACAACGAAGCGAUGAAGGUAAGUGGAGAAACUGUUUUAUUGAGCAAUUAUUUUUAAUUUUUUCUACACUCCGUACAGCUCACCAAAAUAUGCAGUAGCUGCUAUAGUGAAACUCCACCAUCCGACCAGACAAACACCGGAGCAGUUCCAGUGAGAAAGGAGGUGAAAACUGGGCUGGAACAACCAUCAUCGCUCGUACAGUUCCUCAGUUACCAUUGCGACCACACCACCAGUCACAACAUUCCGGAGAAAGAUACGAACACCAGUACCAUAAAUAUAGUGUCAGCCGACGUGGCCACAACAACCACAACUAAAUCAACAUAGCAGCAGUGGGUGACGGAAUAAAAUAUCAAUCUUCCAGUUCCUCAGCCACGAUUGAGACUACAGGUAAAGCCGUCACUGAUAGUAUCACCAUCACCACCACCAGCGGCAACAGCAGACAUCCGCCGGAAGCGAUUCUCGCCACUUCACCACCUCACAGUUUUCGACCCGAAUGCGAGAAACAACAAAAAAAAAUGGUUCCAUAAAUUGGCAAGGAAUCUAAAGCAGCCCAAAUCGUUAAAAAAUACGUGUAUUGCCAGAGCUGAAGCAAAAAACUACAAUAAGUCUG